AUGUCCGCCCCCAGCAAUGACAAAGACCGUCUCCAAGACUCGUCACAGCAGCUAGACUACGUUCACGGUAACUCGCACAAGGUUCUCAACUUCCAAAAUGCCAAUUCACGGCGCUAUGCCGUCAACAACGAAGAUGGACACGCAAGCGGGACGGAAUGGGAGUGGUGGAGUCGCGAGAAUCGAAAGGGCCGGCAUAUCCUCCUCCUCAGUCACGGUCAAGCACCCUCGCGCACCGCACGUACUACGCGCCUUCUUCGAGCGCUUGUGCGCAUGAUCACAGUCAUAGCCUGGUGGGACGUUUCGUGGUGGGUUGGCGUCGUCUUUACUGUCGGCUCGAUAUGCUCCAUCACGUCUGGCGUCCUUCAAUGGCUUCCAGUCGCAUAUCCAGAUACGCGAUUCGCCGCCGACCCGAGCACCGUCAGCGGCGCGAUAUCCUUCUUCCGUGGAAUGUUGUUCCUGCUGGGCGGCAUGCUCCUUGUAGUCGAAGCGGUGAACGCCAACCAGAGCGACUGCUUUGGCUGGGCGCUCAAGGAAAGCUUGAACUCCGACAACGAGAACAUCGAACUCGCGUCUCCGGACGAAGAGAAAGCGACCGAGAACCCUUCCGGCUUCCAACCCGACCGUCGAAACUGCACGCAUAUCCACAACCCCGACCGCAUGAAGCAUCGAAUAAUGCACACGAAGACGUUCAAGGUUGAGGCACGUCCCCAGUCAGGGCCUGAGCAAGCCUGGAAAUGGUGGCCCACGUGGCAGGAUGUUCGCGUUCACUAUCGUCGAGAGAUCGGUUUAACGCAAAUCUCAUCCUCUUCAUUGUCCGGAAAGGACACACUCGCGGCACGCCUCGAGAACGACUUCGAGAAGCGACCCGACCCGGUCGCAUUGACCCACAACGCCGAUGAGUCGCAAAACAGCUCUUCGGGAGUCGACUAUGAGCCACAUCCUGAAAAUUCGAUGAAUUUGGAGCCUGCGAGGGAGAAAAUAGUGCAGUCUAUCUGCAACUUAUACUCUGGCAGCGCUAGCGAACAAGACAUGAUGGUGUAUGGCAAAGAGGCGGUAUACGACGACCCAUGGAGCUAUUGCGAUACCAGGUAUAAGAUUGCUGGGCAGUGGUAUGGGAUCCCGAAACUCAUGAAGAGCAGUCGGACGAUCAAGACGGAGGUGAUUUCCUCCAAGCCUGAUGAGAUCAUCUUCAAGUUACAGCAGGAGUACACUCCAAAACCUAUGCCGAUUGCGAAGAAGGUCAACAGCUUGAUUACACUGACGCUCGAUCAAGAGGGCAAGGUGCGGUAUCACAAGGACAUGUGGAAUGAGAAGGACUACAGUCACGAAGGUCUAGGCAAGAUCAUGAAAGAGUUGAAUGGGGAUCAUCUAACAAAGAUCACGCGACCUCCAGCAGAUCUGUGA